AUGGCUCAAUUGAUUCAGACCCGAGUUGGCCGUCCAUCGAAGGACCUAUACCAAUUCCAAGAGGAGAUAUCGAGCCGGUUUCUAGACGGAGAAACGAUGGAGGAUAUCGCCGAAUACUUAACAAACGAAUAUCAAUAUGAAAUCAAUAGCCGUACUAUUCGACGUCGUCUCAAGGAAUGGGGCAUUAAACGGCGGGUUAGGACUAUUGACAAGGAGAAUCUAGACAACCAGAUUAUGAUAUUAUUCUUCCAAUGUGGAUUGUCAGAUGAUGAUAUGCAUUCGGCUUUGCAAAAACAAGGUUGUACUAUUGGACCGCGAGCACUUAGGGUUCGUCGCCGGAGAUUAGGUCUAUACCGACAACUUUCAACAGGAGACUUUGCAGCACUCGAAGCCAGUAUACGAGAAGCGGUUCAGAAAGAGCUUGACAAGGGCAUUAUUGAGAGUUAUGGACGUGAAUAUCUCUUCACUUGCUUUUGUAGCAAACAACAUAUAGUUUCUCGUAACCGAACAGGAUUUAGUGUUCUCCGCCAAUACCUUGAUACGCUGAAAUCGGAGCGAAGGCAACCCAGGUUCAUACGAUCUGAUGGGGGAGACACCACAUUAUUAGCAGCAGCUCAGCAUGCUUUAUAUAAGAAACAUAACGAGAAUGCGACUAUCUCAGACUGUUAUUGGUAUGGCACGAGUACAUCAAACCAGCGAAUAGAGGCAUGGUGGUCCCAAUUGACUAAAAGUUGUAUUUUCCGAUGGUGGGAUUAUUUCCAAACGCUUAAUCGCGAUCGCCUCUUCGAGCAGGACCAAAUUUCCGAUCGUAUUGCAAUAUUAGCAGUAUAUAUGCCCUUCAUCCGGGACGAAUUAUAUAAGUUUAUUCGAUUGUGGAAUGUGCAUACAAUCCGGAAACAGAAAAAUCAACCUAGUGGUGUUUUUGGAAAGCCCUUCUUUCUGUAUCAUUAUCCCGAGGAUCGGGAUGCACACGUUUAUGGUCUUCUGCCUGAUGACAGUCUUCUUAAUGGGCUAUUAGAGACGGGUGACUGGAAUAUUGAUAAAUAUGUACCCGAGGAGACUCUUCAAUGGUGUUAA